AACGCUUCGAGGCGCCAGUGCGCGUGCGCUGUGCUGAGCCACGGUUGUCAGAAUUGGAGAUGGCGGCGGCGCAGGGAACUUCGCAGGAACCGGCGGUUUCAGAACAGCCCGCUGAGCUGACUGCCUCCGUGCGGGCGAGCAUCGAGCGGAAGCGGCAGCGGGCACUGAUGCUGCGCCAGGCCCGGCUGGCGGCCCGGCCCUACCCGACGACGGAGGUUGCGGCUACCGGAGGCAUGGCUAAUGUAAAAGCAGCCCCAAAGACAAUUGACACAGGAGGAGGCUUCUUUCUGGAAGAGGAAGAAGAAGAAGAACAUACAAUUGGAAAAGUUGUUCAUCAACCAGGACCUGUUAUGGAAUUUGAUUAUGCGAUAUGUGAAGAAUGUGGUAGAGACUUCAUGGAUUCUUAUCUUAUGAACCACUUUGAUUUGGCGACUUGUGAUAACUGCAGAGAUGCUGAUGAUAAACACAAGCUUAUAACUAAAACAGAAGCAAAACAAGAAUACCUUCUGAAUGACUGUGAUUUAGAAAAAAGAGAACCAGCUCUUAAGUUUAUUGUGAAGAAGAAUCCUCAUCAUUCACAAUGGGGUGAUAUGAAACUCUACUUAAAAUUACAGAUUGUGAAGCGGGCUCUUGAAGUUUGGGGUAGUCAGGAAGCAUUAGAAGAAGCUAAGGAAGUUCGACAGAAAAACCGAGAAAAAAUGAAACAGAAGAAGUUUGAUAAAAAAGUAAAAGAAUUACGGCGAGCGGUAAGAAGCAGUAUAUGGCAAAGGCAAACAGUUGCUCACCAACAUGAGUACGGACCAGAAGAAAACCUAGAAGGCGACAUGUACCGGAAGACGUGUACUGUGUGCGGCCAUGAACUGGCAUACGAGAAAAUGUGAUUUUUAGUUAAGUGAUCUGUUUUAGACUUUUAUAUUUAGAUAAAGGAAAUUUAGAUUGGUCUUGUUCGAAAUUCUCACACACACACACACACACACACACACACAGUCUUCAUAGAUGAAUGAAACACUUGUAUAAAUAAUGCUUUGGUAAUAAGUAUGGAUGUUAUGGCUUAAGAGCAAAUUUCAUUUAAGGUCCAGCAGGUCUGGUUGUGGGCAAAAUAUUGGGUCGUUUUUUUCUGCAGUAGAGGUGGGAGCUGAGUGGUACAGCAGGUUUGAAAGUGUUAGUUUAGAGCUAAAAUUGAGAAAUAAGAAACCAAGGCAAACCCUAGAUUGGGUUAGGAGGAAGACCUUUUAGUAAAGGCAAAAGCUGGCUGAACUGGAUUCUGUCCCAAGAAACAACAGGGAUGGUGGUAAACCCUGCACCCCAGAGGCUGGGUCAGGACUCCUAGACUAUUUCUGUCUCCAAGUCAGGGAGCAGGGUGCUACUGCUGGGACAGAUCCUAACAGCAGGAAUAAACAGUGAGUGUGGGAGUCUGAUGGUGUUUUCUGUUUCUGGGGUUCACUACUAUAGACCCUAAUGUUAGUGUUUAGAUAAGCCUUUUCUAAUCUGGAUUAAAAUGAAAAAAACAACUACACUGUUUGUUGAUCAGAGAAGGUACUUAUAGUAAGUUUAUCGUAACUUGGUAACAUUUACCAAGCGCUUACCAUCUGCCAGGCAAGCACUGUGCUAAGUGCCUUACAGGUAUUCUCUUAAUCCUGGGAGGGAGGACAACUUGCUUCUUUGAUUGCUUAGCACUUGGAAAGAAGUGAUAACCUACACCCUACAUCACCCCAGACAUCUGGGUCAAGUUUAGCCAGUGAAAAUGUCCCCUCUUCUCAAAAGGAUUACAAGGUAGUUACAGCUAGUAAGAGGAAUUGAUCCCAUGUGCUUGAUUACAGGGUCUGUGCUUAAACUUCAAGUUAAGAUAAACUGAGUAUUUUCAAGUUAUUCUUUGAUACAACUUUAU